ACACUGAUCGACAGCGCUGUGUUGCUGUUGGAUUGUUUGGCUAAGUGGCAAUAAAAAUAAUAGUGCAAAAUAAAUAGCAAUGCUUAGUACUUGAGCGAAAUGGAUAAAUUACGUGGCAGCGCGCAGCUGGGCGAUCAGCAGCUGCAGCAACAACAACUGCAGCAACUGGAACAGUAUCCCAAGAACACCAUUGAACAAUACUUGCGCGCCUCCACAAAGAUCAAGAAAAUCGAACGUGUUGUCUUCUUCAAACGUUUUGCGCCCAGCGUGGCCGAUGUCCAGGCGGAUUUCCAGCGUCUCGCCUACAGCUUCGAGGAGUCGGGCAUCAUGCAAUAUGCGGCAAUGUGUCACAUUGGGUAUGCCAAGUGUGAAUCAUAUGGCGGGUCACCACAACGCGAGGCUGAGGCAUAUGUGCGUGCCGCACGCGCCUUUAUGCUGGCCCACAACGAGUUCCGGCUGCUGCACUUGCGCACCGGACACAAUGGCUUCCGUGAAGGCGCCCUGCAUUGCUAUCACAAUGCGGCGGAGCGUGUUGCCGACAGUGGCGUCUUCAAGGCGGCCGUGCUGCGUGAACUGCAGCAGUUGCAGCAACGCCAGCUGGAACGCACCAGCAGCUUUGCCUCGCCCACACAUCGCAUCAAUGAGCUGGAGCUGAGCGCCGAGAUGAGCAUGGAACGCGAAGACUAUCGCAACGCACUGCUGCAGCUGGACGACAUCGUGGACAAUAUCUAUGAGCGACGUGCUCCGCUAAUGUACGGCGAACUCUUGCGCCGCGUUGAGGUGCUGCGUCUGCUGUUGUUGCUGCAUCUGAAUUUGCCACCAGCUCGUCAAUCGCCCGCCCACAUUAAGCUCAUCGAAUACUAUUAUACGUUGGCACAAUUUCACCCAGACGUGGCCGCACCUUGUUUGGUCUACAACAACGAGCAGGUGGAACGCCCCGGCGCCUUUGUGCCCCACCAGCAGCAAUAUGCGCUGGCCGAGAUCGUGUGCGCUUGGGUGGAGCGCAAGAUGUGCGAUCUGAAGCAGCUGUUGCGCGACUUUGGCAGAGAGCAUAGUUCUUUGAGUCAAACGGAGCGACAAUUGCUGAAGAUCAUCUAUUCCGAACUAUCCAAGAUCUAUUGAAGAGAAAUCAUCAACUGUAUAUUAUACUAUUUAAACUACAUAUACAUAUAUAUACUAUAUAUUCUAGUACAUAGUGAAGAAAAUAUCGCUUAAGUGUAAUCAAGUCUACCAAUUAACAUUUUCAACGUGCCUACACGAGAUGCGAAGCCAACUACUAUAAACAUUAACUAUCGUCUGUAAAAGUUUCUUGAUGUGUUAACGUCUCAAUUACAACACAACAACAAAACAGAAAUUCGACCUCUUACAACCGAUGCAAUAAAACUGUCUGUUCUUACCAAAAA